AUGCCGGCUAAGAAUAUUGUGUUCACAUCUGCAUCCCGUGCGACACUGGACGAUCCAACUGCGACAGAGCUAGUGAAACUAAAACGAGAGCGCAGUCCUCAGCUACACAACCUCAUUGGCUUUUUUCAACGUCAAGAAAAGCAAAUUUUCUCUGUGCAGGUCCUCGCCCGUCGAGGGGUGACAGCAAUUGCCCUUCCGAAUGUAGAAUCACUCUUGUCAGACGAGGGUCACUUUCGACCACAUGCUACCUUCCGUCCUAAGAUAAAGGUGGGUGCCUGGGAUAUUCGGGAUCCAAACUCAGAGGAGGCGGCAUCUCACUCAUACAUGGGUAUUCUGGGUAUACUGGAAGGAAAGAUUCAGCACAGGCUUUUUUCUAAAAACCCUCCAAGGUUCCGCACUUUCGCUAGUGAACGCGGCCCGUGGGCUUCACUUGGAACCCCAAGCCCGUUCUUCGGUGUGAUGGAUGGGUUGUAUGGUCGUGGAGUCGAAGGCGAAGAGUACUCGUACAUCCAGACUCUGAAGGAAUGGGAGGGUCCAGAAUCCGAAAAGGCGACCUACAUUCCUCCUCCCCAUGUGAAAAUGAGUGUCUCCCACAACUGCGACGCUCCAGAAAAUGCAUUUUUGGGCUCAGAAAUGAGAGCUAUUCUGUCAGUGCUUUAUAAUCGUGUAUACCAACCAGGUUAUGAAAAUGAAUCAGUGUUUCCGAUCCUAUAUAUCUCGGGAUAUAGAUUUCGUCUAGUACGCGUGAUCGAAGCAGUUUUCGAUCUGCCUCAGCAAAAGCUCACCUUGAAAUUUACGCCAAAUUACAGCUUUUUGAAACGGAAGGACGCUCCUUGGGACCUCUUUUUUGGUGUGAGUGAAUGCUCACCACGUACGCCGGAGGAACCUCUAAAGAAACCCCCAACAGUCUCUAGCAAGACAGAAGAAAAAAAGACAAUCGCAUAA